AUGACGUUGGGUCAUUUGUUAAGGGGUAUUAUUGCCUUACAGGCAUGCCUGUUUUUGUUCUUCCUUAUUUCUGGCUCAAAAGCGAAUGAUCAUGUCAUGGUUCGUCGCCAUCUUGAAAAGAAGGAAUUUUACAAGCGUCAAUACGCUUAUGAUGGUGAUGUGCAAGGCAACCAAAACAUAAUGAGUGAGUACGCCGAACGAGCUUUUGAAGCAUCCAAAAAUCAUGACACGAAUGCUCUUCGGAGUGUCAUCAAUGAUGUUCUUAACACACCAAAUCUCAAUCAGCCGACUGAGGGAACAUGGGCUAAAGCAAGCUUGGGGCAGAUAGACACCCAAUAUGGCGGUGACGUCCCUCAAGUUGGCUGGUACAAUGGUUUCCCUACAAAUCCGACGCCAAAUGUCGACCCUGCCCAAGUUAAUGGUGACUUAGCAUGGAAGGGUUUACCUUCCACGCUCGAUUGCAAGGUGGAACAAAUGUCCGUCGCCCCAAAUUCCCCAGCUUUUCUCUUGGAUGACACGUCUUUGAAUGUCACGGAUGAAAAGUCGCCUGCUGGAAACCCCAUUGUUCAGCCGUUUUAUGUCUCUCAUCCUAACACCUAUGAUCGUGAUCAAGUCAAACGUGUAAUCAUUACUCUUCCUGGUAAACCCAGGGAUGCAUGGAAUUAUGUGAAUUUGCAUUUUAAUGCUCGGGAGUUCUUGAUUCACAACCGAACGCUACCGAAGGAUGAGGCUAUUCUUGCCGCGCCGGUAUUUUUGAACCAAAAUGACAAGGAAGCAGGUGCCGUUAAAGAAAACUACUUAUACUUCAAAAAUUCCCACUGGGCCAACGGUGGUGCCUCGCAUGGUCCUGAAAUGUCCCACAGUGUGACAUCUUAUCGUGUUCUAGAUUUAAUGGCUCAACAUUUCAUCAAGACAUUCCCAAACCUUAAUCAAAUUGUCUUUGCGGGGCACUCUAUGGGUGCUCAAGCUGUACAACGGUAUGCAGUCGUCAAAAACCCUAAAUGGUAUGACCGUGCUCUCAGAUUUUGGAUUGGUAAUCCUGGUUCAUGGGCUUGGAUAACAAGCGAUCGCCCGAAUAACAAUCCCUCGAACUUGGACGGAGAGUCCUGUGAGGACAAGAUUGACGCUUGGCCUUUUGGUAUUGGGGAUGCGGAUGCUAUGCCAAAGUAUGUGAAAGACAGUGGUAAUCCAGACCUUAUUAGGAACCGGUUUUUAAAGAGAAAUGUGGGCUAUUCUCUGGGUCUGCUGGAUAAUGGACAGGGAAAUACACAAUGCGCGGCACAAUAUCAGGGCUAUAGCCACCUCCAAAGGGGUUCUUAUUUCAUGAAAAUGCUGUGUGAACUGCCUGGCGGUUUUCCGAAAACCCACACUCUCGCCUAUAUCGCGGGAGUCUCUCAUCAAGACUAUGAGAUGAUUGCGGCUACUGAAACUACAGACUUUGUUUUCAUGCAGGGCCGAGAUGCGCCGCCCAUUUCCUCUUUGCGGCCGCAUCGCUCACAUCACCACCGACCCCAUCCCCGUCCGCCUCCAUCGAAAGGGAGUAAUCCUUACGAUUGGGAAGGUCCGCAUUAUCGUAAUGCUGCUUGGGGUAUCAUUGCUGGAAUUGCUGCUGUUUUGAUUAUUGGUUUCUUCGGCUGUCACUAUCUGUUCAAAGCAAAUGCUAAUGAUUGGGAUCGUGACUAUUGGGAAUAUGACAGCAAGCGCCGCUUGCUGUAA